AUGAAUCUCUCCUUUGGCCUGAUGAUCAUGGUUCUUGGAGGACUAUCGACCUGGCCAUCAUUUUCGAAAGCGGACACAGAGUGUGGAGAAACAAACAUUCUCUUGAGCGAUACGGAACCCGUCGCCCAUGUCCGAGCCCCGCCCCCUACCGACGUACUCAACCAAUGCUCGGUGAGUAUAUCCUGUACCUGGCACAUUGCAAGCCAAUCCGGCUCCAACAUCUACGUCCAGGUACUACAGCAACGCGGAAAAUACACCAACAAGAUCAGCAGCGGGGACGAGUUAACGAUCGGGGCGGGGAACGACUCGUCCGACGCGGCCAGCGCGCUGGCGUCUCUGCGGUUGUACUACGUCCGGUUCUUGGACGACGGUAGGACGUACAUUGUGAACAGCAGCCUAGCCUGGGUCAACGUCUCUGCUCAUGGGCUUGGUAAUCUUGACUGUGUGGAGUUUGAAUUACAAUUCACCCAGCGGGAUGAACCAGGUUUUUGCGAGCAAGGCACCACACUUUGCUCCUAUUCCUUAGUCUGCCUGCCGCCGUCAGCCUAUUGCGACGCCCACCUGGAUUGCGGGGACUUCUCGGACCAGGUCGACUGCGAAAUGUGUGGAAACACCGUCAUCCCACCGCUGACACCAGGUACCUCUCACGUCAUGACCUACGCCUCCACUUGGAUCGAAAGAGACCAUGAAUGGGAUCCGCCCAAUGUCGACUGCUUCUGGCUUGUCAGGAUUCCAGAGGGCAGCAUCCUCGAGGUCAACAUCCUGGAAAACAACGCGGUCGGCCCGGCCACUUCGGCCGGCUCAGCCGUAGAGGGCGCUAACCAAGACACCGAGAUGCUCUUCAGCCUUGCCGUGGAAAAAAUGAGGAUCUUCUACACAAAUCUGACCAGUAUAUGGAUCUUUGCAGACUUGUCGCCCGUCCAAUAUCUGAGACGAACGGUGUAUAAGAUCAAAGUGACGGCUUUUGAAAAGCAAGGAUGUGGUCCUGGGGAAUUCCAGUGCCAGAACCAGCAGUGUGUGGCGGAAACCAGACGGUGUGAUGGUUUUCCGGAUUGUCCAGUAAAGGAGGACGAAUAUGGAUGUAGCGUGAAAGGAAAUAAUUGCACCAGCGAUGAGUAUGGAUGUCCCUCUUCGGGCAAAUGCAUCCACCGGGACAGAGUCUGCGACGGUCACGGCUAUUGCGGGGGAAAGAUGGAGGAAGUUGACUGCGGCGGACGAUACGGCAAUCCUUAUCUCACCCUGACACCAGGGAGCACCAUUAACAUCGUGCGGCCGAUCGACGUCACAGUCGACUGCGUCUGGUUCCUGACCACCUCCAACAACCGUUCUAGAAUCCGUCUGGACUUCGUGUCUCUCCCCUUAGCCGUCCACGUGGACACUUCGAGACGCAAAGACAUCGCCAAGUUCUAUAUCGGUUACGGGCAACUGCCUUACAGGGGGCGAGUCUGGAAGGUGGCCUCAGCCAGGCUGUACCCAAAGGUCUUGACGAUGGCUGGUCCGCUGGUCUGGAUUCAGCUGGACGUCAUCUACCGGGGGAGGAAUUAUAACUCACCCGGGCGUCUCCGAGUUGAGAUGAACAUCACUGAGUACGAAGUGCAAGGGUGUGAAGGUGGAAAGUUCGCUUGUUCUGCGGGGAUACUGUGCAUCAACGCUAGUCAAGUCUGCGAUGGGAAACCCGACUGCCCAGAAUUCGAUGACGAAUUUGACUGUGGCUGCGGCAGUGGCAAAUACAAGUGUAGUCAUGGCGACGACUGUGUAAAUCCGUCGUCACUAUGUGAUGCUAACUACGAUUGUAUGGACCGUUCCGACGAGGAACAAUGCGGGUCCUGUGGAGAUAUAACUAUUUACCUAUCCUCCGGGUCUCAUACUCUCACCUCGCUCGGGUACCCAGACUUGUACCCAUUGAACACGCACUGUGAGUGGUUCGUCCACGCGGAGCCAGACUAUGACGUCGUGGUCGUGUUCCUUGAGUUCGAGACAGAGGCAUCUUAUGAUAUUCUCUCCCUUGGCAACCAGACGCAGGGGGAAGCGUUCAGUAUGUCCGGCCAGCAUUACCCCGAGAGUGUGUCUCUCUACUCGGCAGAGAUAUGGCUCUCAUUCACGUCGGACUACGUUGUACGAUUCACAGGUUUUCAAAUCAAGUUGGAACAAGUCCAAAAUGCAUCUUGCGGUGAAGGUCAAGUGCCCUGUAACGGCACCGCCUUGCUGAUUUGCAUAUCGGCGCAGAAGGUCUGCGAUGGUAGAGGUCAUUGCCCUGGCAACACGGAUGAGGAAAACUGUGGAGAUAUUUGUGGCGAUACCCUGAUCGACAUCGGCCAGGCAGAGUACGAGCUCACCUCCCCGCUCUACCAGUACGGCAUCUACCCGGACUCCCUCACGUGUGUCUGGGAGGUCAUCCUCGCCAGCAGCCGAGAGAAACUCCGACUGGUCGUCAACACCUUCCACCUGGAGCAAAGCUACGACUACCUGCACAUCGGGGUCGGCAACGACAGCAGCGAGGGCCUGGUGUUGGCCAGUCUGACCGGGACCACCAAGGUCUCUCAGAUGUCCUUUGAGAGCGGCAGGGUUUGGCUUGAGCUCAAGACGGACAGUAGCGUCUCUAGAAGGGGAUUCAAUAUUACUAUGAGCCCUAUGGACAAUAAAGAUGAAUUGGAGUGCUCAGCGCGGUGCUCCCAUCAAGAGGGAACCAGCCUCUGUCUGUUGCCAAACGCCUACUGUGAUGGCAUAGCGGACUGCAUGGAUGAAAGUGACGAAAACAAAUGUGUGAGUUUGACGUGCGACAGCCAGCUGUACGUGUGUCAGGGGAAACAGCAAUGUCUUCUGCAGGACUCUGUAUGUGACGGGAAGGUGGACUGUCAGUUGUUUCACGACGACGAAACGGAAUGCGACGUUAAGAAAUGCCCGACCGGAUGCAACUGUUCCAUGGUCAAAGGUGAUCUGGAUGUGAAAUGCAAGAAAGGUUGGAAUGCAGAAACAGUGGACCAGUUGGCUAAAGUUACGGCAACUUUGGAACUAACAAAGGGCAACAUGACAACACUAAACGAAGGACUUUUCAAGAAACAGGGAUUGCUUCUGAGACUGUCCUUGAGGAACAACAACAUAUUCCAACUCAAGCAAAAUACAUUCGCAGGCCUGGUUAAUCUGAAGUCAUUGGAUUUAUCAGAAAACAACCUUGCCGAGUUGACUUGGGGUGUUUUCAGCGAGCUCGCGAUGCUGCAAAAUUUGGGAAUACGAUCAGUGCCUAUUCAAUACAUCAGAGCCGGGGCCUUCAACGGAUUGGGUCAUCUUCGCAGAUUGGUAUUGAUGCGUGGCGAUGGUACAGUGAGCUCAGAUCCGUCCAAGGGUUACCAACAGGCGACGGAAGUGGAUAACGACGCCAUUAGAGACCUCAAAUCACUUCAGACAAUAUAUGUAGAUGACCAUCGCCUGUGCUGUGACUUCAAGUCGCUGCUUCCAGAUGACAAUCAGUGCAUCAACAUCCAGCUUGAGUCACCGCUGUUCAACUGCGGCCGGCUAAUGCCCAACACUGUCCUCCAGGUCUUCAUGUGGAUCCUGGGCUUUAGCGCCCUCAUCGGCAACCUGUUGGUCAUCGCCUGGCGGAUCCGGGAUGACAGCGGCAAGGGCAGCAAGUACGUGCACUCGUUUCUGGUGCUGAACCUGGCCAUGUCCGAUUUCCUGAUGGGCGUGUACAUGGUGAUCAUCGCCACCGUCGACGUCAUCAAGAAAGAGGAGUACUACCUGACGGCUACGGAGUGGAGGAACAGCGCCCUCUGUAAGGCAGCAGGGGUCAUUUCAGUGUUGUCCUCAGAAGCCUCCGUGUUCUUCAUCACCUUGAUCAGCGUGGAUCGCUAUCUGUGCAUCGUCCAUCCGUUCAGCCGAGUUCGUCUCCAGGAGAACUCGGUAUGGGUUUUCACAGCCUCGAUUUGGGUCACAUGCUUGGUAGCAAGCCUCGUUCCAACGGUCCUGGUAACCAGCGACUCGGAUAUCUACGGAUUAUCCGAUGUUUGCAUUGGUCUGCCGUUACUCACCAGGCCAGUCACUUUCACCUUUAAAGAGGAAGAUCUUGGUGGCGGGCUUGGUAACGACACCUUUUUGAUCCCUCAUCCCCAGGGCAGCAAACCCACAUGGUUAUACUCCAUCGUGUUGUUUCUCGGUGUCAACCUCGUCUGUUUCCUCCUGGUCAGCGUUUGCUACGCCGCCAUCUUUGCAAAGGUCAAGAGGUCAAUCCGGCGCGUGAAGCGCCACCAAUCGCACAAGGAUGAAGAAAUCAAGAUGGCGUCAAAGAUGGCCGUCAUCGUGGGCUCUGAUUUCCUGUGUUGGAUGCCUGUCAUUAUUCUUGGCAUCCUGUCCCAGACCAGUGUGAUUCAGAUCCAGCCGGAAGUCUACGCCUGGUUGGUUGUCUUUGUCCUGCCCAUCAAUUCCUCCCUCAACCCUUAUCUCUAUACCAUCGUGACCAUGGUCAGCCGCCAGCAACAGGCGAAACAAGCCCUGAAGAAAGAACGGAAGCCGAAGGUUUGGCUCAUCUCCAAGCCACCAAUGGAGCAGAAGACAACCUCAUCUAUUUUGUCCAACACAGCAAUUGGCUCUGCACGUCUGGAGCGUGAAAGUUACACUUGA